GCAACACAAUCCGCCAAAUAACUAAUCAAUUGAAAAUCUAUUCUUUUUAUUAAUAAACCAUUCAAAACACAAUUAAAAAAUUGUUUACUUAAUAUUAUCAGCAGUUGUCUGUCAUUGAUUAUAGUGUGAAUAUUUAAUAAUCAUCAAAUGGAAGACGAACACAUGUAAUUGAAAUAAAAUCGAAGUUUUACCAGAAAUAAAAUAUUGUGUAUUUUUAAUAUUUUAUAAAUUUGAAGAAACAAAAUCAUAAAAAAAAAACGAGUAAAGAAAAUAUGUGAAAUAGUGUUUAAUCAUGAAUAAAGUAAUAAUGGAUACUGCAAGUCAAAAUAGUGAACUUAAUCCGCAAUAUUUACUAAAUCAAUUAAAUAUUGCUCGUAAAGAAAUAAAUAAUUUGAGACAACAAAUUAAAAGUCUACGGUACAUUUUUGAGAAAGAUGUGAAUGGAAUAAAACGUCUUAUUGAAUUGCAUUCAGAUGGAAUCCAAGCAUUUUCUAAUUCUGUCAUUCAGAAUCAGCAACCUUCUGCUAUAGAAUCAGCAUCAACUUCUCAAUCCAAUACUUCAAUUAGUUUGGAGCCAAUAGGAAUUAUUAAUACUGGCUUUCCUAAUAAACGUGGAACUCCACGGCAGCCAGGAGUUUGCAAAGAAUCACGUGGGAAAAUAACUCUAUUCAAUUCUGUUUUCACAAAUCCAGAUCAUGCACUUAAUGGUUUACAUGAAUUUUCACACAUGUGGAUUCUUUUUCAUUUUCAUAGAAAUGAUUCAACUCAUGUACGAGCAAAGGUUGCUCCUCCAAGAUUAAACGGAGCAAGAACUGGAGUAUUUUCUACUCGAUCUCCGCAUCGUCCAUGUCCAAUUGGACUUAGUUUAGUGAAAAUAAUAAAAAUUAAAGGAAAUACAAUAUUAUUUGAAGGUGUUGAUACUGUGGAUGGUACUCCAGUGUUAGAUAUAAAGCCAUAUAUCCCUCAAUAUGACAAUCCACUACAUGUGGAACAAUUAAUUAGACGAGAAAAUUCAGAUUUUAAUAAUUAUAGACUCAGUCCAAAUAAUAUAGAAUUUAAUAGAGAUUUAGAAGAUGAAGAAUCUCAAGAAUUUGAUGUUUCAAGAGAUGAAGAAUUAGCAAUGAGACUACAAGCUGAAGAAUUUCAACAAGGACCAAAUGUCUAUGAAGUUAAUUCACCAUUACGAUACUCACAAUCUUCAGAAGCAUCUCUGUCUGCUAACAAUCUUCCUGAAAAUGCUGAUGUUUUUGUAAAUAAUGAAGAUACAAAUCAAGACGCAGCAGCAGUUAAUCAAGGAAAUUCCCAAGACACAGAUGUUUUAUCAAUAAAUGAAGCUAGUAAUUUAGUUCAAAAUAUAAACUUAGAAUCUCAAGAUUCUAGAAACUCAAGACUUCUGGAUGGUGCAGAUGGACCAAGGACAAUAUGUGUCACAGACAUGGAUUUAAUUAAUCGACGAGCAUUGAUUUCACGAUUAGACAAUUCACCAGUAAGAAUGGGUGUUAGAGAAGCUCCUGAUGGAGAAGAAGGUUUAGAAUCACAAUCUUUAAGACCAUCUCUAACUAUUGGAAACAUUCAAAAUAUUUCUGCUAAUGUUAAUAAUACCCUUCAGAAUUAUUCGAGCUCAUCCAACGUUGACGUAACUGAAAAUAGUCAAUUCCAGGUACGUGUUCCAGAUUGGAUUACGCAACCACAAACUAGAUCAUUGUCUGUUAUUUUCAAUGAACGAGCUAUUAGACAGCUUACUGAAAUUGUUAAUGAUAAAGCUGAUGAAGAAAAGCAUGCUAUUAUCAACGUUUUACGAGAGGACCCAAGAUCGGUAUACCUGAGACAACGAUGGGCAAACCAAUUUUAUACUUUUUUAAUUCAUGAUUUGCAUAUUAGUUGUAAGUUCGAUGAUAACAGAGGAAUUGUAACUGUUUUCCAAAUACGUCAUGCAGGACGUACUUGUGAAUGUGGUGAACCUGAAUGGCAAUGCCUCGGUCAUUCACCCAUUUCAUAAUUUUGAUAUUUUUUUAUCAAUUUUUAUAUCAAAUUUUAUAAUAUUCUUUGAUUAUAAUAAUAUGCUUGUCCUAAGAAGUU